AUGGCCAACCGAACAUCAUACUUCUUUUACGCGCCUACGUGGGACUACCCACCCAACGGGCCCAUAAGGCUAGGCAAUGUGCUCACAUCGCUUAAGAAACCUGAGCGACCACUAUAUACCGCAGCCCCAUUUGCCGAUGCCCAUGUCUUUUCCUCGGAGAAGAGCCAGGUCGAAUUCUCGCGCGACAAGCUGAAUUCAGGUCAAUUUUCUAUAGUAACGAAAUUUCUAAGUUUUCUUGGAGUAGGGGUAGAUGUGGGUGUAAGUUGGGGCUUUAGGGAGGGAGAGGCAUUUAGCUUCGACCGGAUUGAGACCACUCAAUUCUUCCCGAACAAAGAUUAUCUCCAACGAUGCAUUGAAACUGCGCCCGUUCGUCGGUACCUGGAUAAAUCUCGUUAUAAAAAGCCAGUAUAUAUAAUCACAGGUAUCAAGACCGUCACGGGUGCCAAAGCCAAGUCCUUCAAGUCCCGAGGCGUAGGUGGAGGCCUAGGCACCGAAGUUGAUGGCACGGUAUGGAGCGGCGGAGCUGUUCCCAUCAGCAGCGGGCCAACGAUAGAGGUGAAUCAUGGGAGGAAUACGGACAUGACCUGGGAAGGUAGUAGUGACUUCGUCUUUGCCUUUCGAGUCCGGAAGGUUCUCGUAGAAAAGAAAACGGGAGUCGUGAGUAAGGAUGAGGAUUAUAAGCGUGGCGCUAUGCUGGGGAGAGAGCAUAACACACUGGAGGUUCCAGUCCUUUCUAUCUCAGAAGAGGAGGAUCCAGACUUGGAACAAGAAGGCUUCAUCAGGGAAGAGUUGAUGGAAGAUGGUGUGUCCAUCAUCUGUGCCGUUCCGUAUCCACUGGCAGGUGGAGAGGACGAAUAA